AAAGACAAUAUAAACAAACGGAAACAUAAAUUUGUGGAGUGAUUUAAUGUAUGUAAAACACGUACCUAAUACAAUAAUUUUUCGCUAUUAUUGACAUUUAGCUUUCUGUUGAGAGGCAUUUGUUGCAAUCCCAGAAGUCAAGGAAAUGCAAAAUGAGUUUCCUGGAUGACAAUAAUGCAUGUGGGCAGAAUCUGCUGAAUAUAGUGUCGGUGGGUAACUCUAUAAUAGCAGAGAUCCUGAGGCUCAAGGAUUACGUGCCCAGAAUUUAUAGAUUGGACAACAAGGCUGAUAAGGCGAAAUAUGGCGAGCUUAUUCUGGACUUCAGCUACUUCAAGAUAGCCGAGGAUCACGAGAAGAAGAUCGAACAAAGUCCGGAACUGACCGAACUGGAUGAUGAGGCGCGUGCCCAGCUUUCGCUAAUCACACGAUUUUACCUGGCCUUCCAGAGUAUCCAUCAUUAUGCCUCCGAUCUCCAGCAAUAUAUCGAGGAAUUGAACAGUGGCUACUAUAUACAGCAGACACUGGAGACGGUGCUUCAGGAGGAGGAGGGUCGCCAGCUGCUCUGCGAAUCCCUGUAUCUUUUUGGUGUGAUUCUCCUUUUGAUCGAUUUUCACAUUCCUGGAGAUGUGAGAGAACGCCUGCUGAUCGCCUACUAUCGUUAUAGUGGAGGAGAUGCAACGCCCAGCGGAGACGAGAGUAAUAUCCAUGAUGUUUGUCUUCUCCUCCGAUCUACGGGAUAUGUUAAUCCCUUAGAUGCCGCUAAAGUUCUGGGAUUGGGUGGCAAACAGGCAGCUGCCGGAGCUGCGAGCCUAGUGGUUCCCCGUUACCCGGAGGCUUACUUCUCUCGCUGCUGUUUCGAUGAGAAUUUCGUGGAUCUAGUUGUGGCUCGUCUACGGUGCGAUGAUAUAUACAACCAACUGACUCUGUACCCACAUCCCGCCCAUCGCUCCACGGCUCUGUCUACUCAAGCGGCCAUGUUGUAUGUGUGCUUGUAUUUCUGCCCUAAAGUCCUCCAUUCCCAAGGCUCCCAGAUGCGCGAGAUUGUAGACAAGUUCUUUUGCGACAACUGGACCGUAUCCGUGUACAUGGGCAUCACUGUGAAUCUGGUGGAUGCCUGGUUGGAUUUCAAAGCCGCUCGAUCUGCUAUUCAAAAUGUGAUUAAUCCAAGUGCGAUUAAAGCACUCUGUCAACAGAAAAAAGAGCAGUUGGACAAGACCACUCAAAAAACUCAGGAGAUUGUUCGUGAAGGAGUUCUAAAUGACAACUUUGUUUUGGAGCACGCCAACAAAAUCAUACUCCUGAUGAGGCAAUCCAAUGUUCUGCUCCGCUGGUUUUGCCUGCACACCUCAAGGGAGGUUUUCAUCUUUACUCACGCAGCCACUUUACCGGGUCAAGUGCAAAAAAUGGUGCUUCAGGAACUACAAUUCGAUCGGAAUACGCUGUAUAACCUGCUGCUUAACUGCAGCCAAAUGGAACUGAGUGUGAGAGAGUUCUUGGCAGAGAUUCAGCAGACUAAGGAGGAUCGCUGGACGAAAAGCAGAGAUGAAGCCAUGCAAAGGCUAAAGGAGUUGAGUGAAGCCUUUGCCGGCUCCAGACCUUUGACCAAGAUUGAGCAGAAUUCUCAACUGCAGCAUUGGUUUGAGGAAGUUGCUGGACGUCUCCAAAAACUGGAAUUGACCAGGCCGCAAAAGUCCGGACGGCUGAUUAUUCAAGUGAUGCAGGCUCUGGACGAUGUGCAGGAGUAUCACAACCUUCAUGCCAACAUGCUGGUGAAGCAGCAACUGCAGGAGACGCGGGAAAUGCUCAAUCGGAUGGCACAGCUAAUAAACCUGAAAGAAGACAUUGUGAUUCACAUCCAGAUGAUCACUGACUUCAGCUAUGCUUGGCAUCUUCUGCAGCGGGACUUCACGCCUUCAAUGCAGGAACACAUCAAACGACAGCCACAAGCGGUGAUCGGUAUACGAGCGGUGUUUCUCAAGUUGGCCAGCACCCUGGAGGUGCCGCUGAUGCGGAUCAAUCAGGCUAAAAGCGAGGAUCUGGUCUCUGUGUCAAACUACUACAGCACCGAGCUUGCCAACUUCCUGCGACGCGUUCUGCAAAUUGUUCCAGAGACCAUGUUCAGUAUUCUGUCUAGGAUCAUAUAUCUCCUUACAAACGUAAUCAAGGAGUUUCCCACUAAAGUGGAAAAGGAGCGUCUAAAGGACUAUGCCCAGUUUGAGGAGCGGGCCAAGGUGGCUCAGCUUACGAACUCCAUCGCUGUUUUCACAAAGGGAAUUCUUAUGAUGAAAAAAACUCUAGUGGGAGUAAUCGAGCUGGAUCCGAAACAACUAUUGGAGGAUGGAAUACGCAAGGAGCUUGUAAAUCACCUAGCCAAUGCCUACAAUUUGGGUCUGAUAUUUACGCCCGAAAAAGGCAAAACUCCUGUGCAGCUUCUUCAACAAAAGCUGCAUGGGCUGGCGAAAACGAUAGAAGGAUAUCGUAGAUCCUUCGAAUAUAUAGAGGACUAUUUAAGAGUUCAGGGACUUCGAAUCCUGCUAGAGGAAUCGCAGCGCAUUAUUAACUACAAUGUGGAGAAAGAAUGCAACGCCUUCCUUCGCAACAAAGUGCAGGAAUUUCAAUCGGAGCACCAGAGUCAGAUAAUUCCCAUUCCCAACUUUGCACCGCUGUUGGGAGAUCCUUCUAACAACUUUAUUGGCCGUCUGGCCCACGAAAUUCUGCGCUGCACAGAUCCCAAGCAAACUAUUUUUCUCGACCUAAAGAGCACCUGGUAUGAGAAGAAAGCUCCUCACCAGGAAGUUCUUGCCGCCUCUGGAUUCUUUGAGAUACUUAGAGAAGCCUUGGCUCCGGCGGGAAUGGUGGGAUUGGAGCGCCUCUACGCGCACAUGUUGGCUAAUGAGUUAAAGCGGAACCUGGAAAGGUUACAACGUAACCUUACCUCGGAUCGUAUGUGGGUGGAUACGUUAGAGACUCUGACUCGGGAAUUAGAGGCCCGGGACUUCCCAUCUCCGGAGGUGUUCAAGCAGCCUCUGAAGUAUUAUCAAACAUACACCCACCGAUGGCUAAAAGUGUGGCCCACGCUGCUUGAUUGGGUUUUGUCCAUCGGACAGAAACAGCUGCUUCGCAAGGAAAUUGCUGGAGAGCUAAGCUUUAGCAGCAAAUGUGAUGCCAAGUUGCUGGAGAACACGGCUGACACCCUAAACAAAGCGCUUUUACUGGAACUGUACCUUAGCAAGGAUCUUUGUGAUGAAAAGGGCGUGGUCAUGCUGACGGAGCUACAAGAAACCCUUCUCUAUACGGGAAACUUUGAGCCCCUGGAGCAGGUCUUCCUUGUCACUAAGAACACCCACAAUAUGGCGCUGUUUAUGUUUCUUUUCACCGUUGCCCAUUUGGGUCGUCUGCAGCAUUCCACGAUUACCGAUUGUCUAUUGCCAAAAUCAGCCAAAGAUAACAUUGAUAAUGUGCCUUUUAUUGUGGGUCUAAUAACGAUCAUGCAGCAGUUCCACAAGAAUGUCAAGAUGCUGUAUAUAUCUUACUUGAGUCAGUACGUAGUGACUGUAUCGGAAGCUCAAUUAUUGGAUAAAGAAAUUCUGGGUCCCGAGGUGGUCACCACCCUGCACUUCCUACUAGCCUUCAUACGCAUUGGUCGUUUGCCACUCGGAGUUCUGGAGCAGCGCAUCCCCAAUAUGAUACUUAGCGAGUACGAGUACCUAUCCACACCGCUAAAAUGAAAACUAUCUAACAGGUUUGGGCUAAACAAACUUUAAUAAAUCCGAAAACAUAACAAGGAAA